AAAAGGCUUUUUUUUGCAGGAUGAAAGCUGCGCACAGUUGUUUUUUGUAAAGGCGUCUUAAGUUGCAAAUUUUACAUUUAAAAAAUUAAAAAACUUAGUUUUUCUCUAGCAAAUAGCAUUUCCACUAUCUCAAAAUGAGACCAUUAAUGCUGCAAGGACAUGAGCGUUCAAUUACGCAAAUCUUAUAUAAUCGUGAAGGAGACUUGCUGUUUUCAUCAUCAAAAGAUAACAGACCGAAUGUCUGGUUUUCCAUAAACGGGGAAAGAUUAGGAAGCUAUAAUGGUCAUCAGGGUGCUAUUUGGUGCAUUGACGUUGACUGGACAUCAACAAAAUUCAUGAGCGGCUCUGGUGACAUGACAUUGAAAUUAUGGAGUGUCGAGACUGGAAAGAGUGUAGCCACAAUUGAAACAAAAUCAUCAGUUCGUUGCUGUAACUUUAGUUUUUCUGGUAAUCAGGCUGCAUAUUCAACAGAUCGUGCUAUGGGACAAGAAUGUGAACUUUCUAUUAUUGAUGUACGCACAAUGGAUUCUUCAUUAAAUGACGCUAGUCCUAUUUCGAAAAUACCCAUGAUACAUUCGAAAAUCACAUCAAUGAAGUGGUUCCUUGACGAUACUAUCAUCACUGGUCACGAGAAUGGAUUGAUUGCUUCAUAUGAUAUUAGAAUGGGUCGCGAAAUUAAUUCAAUCAAGGAGCACACACAUGUCAUUCAGGAUUUACAAUUGUCAAAGGAUAUGACAAUGUUCGUUACGGCUUCAAAGGAUGCAACAGCUAAAUUAUUCGAUGUCGAUACAUUAACAUGCUUGAAGACUUACAAAACAGAGCGACCUGUAAACUCAGCCGCAAUUAGUCCAAUUUAUGAGCAUGUAGCACUUGGUGGUGGCCAAGAAGCUAUGGAUGUAACAACAACUUCAACAAGAGCUGGCAAAUUUGAUUCUCGAUUCUACCAUCUCGUCUAUGAAGAAGAAUUUGCUCGUCUUAAAGGUCAUUUCGGUCCAAUUAACAGUUUACAAUUUCAUCCCGACGGUAAAAGCUUUGCAAGUGGUGGAGAGGACGGUUUUGUGAGAAUUCAAGUUUUUGAUCAGAGCUAUCAUGAAUUAGUUUUUGAAUAAGAUCUAAGAUAUACCCAUUUGUAAGAUUAAUCAUACCGCAAAAUAAUGAAGAAUUUUUCCAGUAAUAAAAGUGAACAAAAAUUUAUGUUGAUGGAUGGACUGAAA